AUGAACAUCAACACCGGCAGCAGCAACCGCAGAACAAAAAGCGAGACCACAUGGCGGCAAGCAGUGCCUCCAACGGCACAAAGAUCUGUAAGCAAGUGUAGAAGCAACAACAACAAAAACAACAGACAAUACAUCACCAAGCAGACCGCUCGUAAAUUUACCGGAGGAAAAGCUCCCAGGAAGCAACUGGCUACCAAGGCUACCAAGGCUGCCCGAAAGAGCGCCCCAGCUACCGGUGGUGUGAAGAAGCCUCAUAGAUACAGGCCCGGAACUGUUGCUCUUCGUGAAAUCCGUAGAUACCAGAAGUCUACCGAAUUACUUAUCCGUAAACUGCCAUUCCAGCGUUUGGUCCGUGAAAUUGCUCAGGAUUUCAAGACCAAUCUUCGUUUCGAGAGUUCAGCUGUAAUGUCCCUCCAAGAAGCUAGCGAAGCUUACCUCGUUGGUCUCUUUGAAGACACCAACUUGUGCGCCAUCCACGCCAAGAGAGUUACCAUCAUGCCAAAGGACAUCCAGUUGGCCAGGCGUAUCCGUGGUGAACGUGCUUAAUUUCUUAAUUUG